CCUUUGUCUCUCUCUCUAAAGUGAAUAUUUAUUUCUCAUAGCUAUGUAGCUGACGUUACUGUGAGCUGCAUCCAAGACCCAAAACAGUGUGUCACUGGGAAAACAUUUUCCUCUCUCCUCCUCUGAAGGCCAGCCUCUCUGUGUCGUCUAUCAGCCUGGUGUGUCUAGAGCUAGCCACAGGGUCAGAACAGAGCAGAGAAAGGCAUCUACCCCAUCUACUCCUCUUUCUCUCAUUUUCUCACUCACAAUACUCACAAAUCUCUCUUCCUUUCUCCCCCUUUUACCUCCCAGUCAUACAAUAAACUUCCCUUGUAUGCUCCUGCCCAGAAGAAAGAACAGGGGGAUACGGUUUCCACAACAAUGGAAAUUCAAUCAGGAAAUGGAGAGGAGUUGGAGGUGGUGAGUGGCGAGUCAUUAGUGACCUCGGGCUCCGUUUCCUCCUCGCCGUAUCUCUCUGUCCCUCAGGCAGACGGCACGGACGACCAAGUACUCCGGGAGGACCUCCAGGCUGCUAAGACCAUUGAGAGGUUUGAUAUCCCUCUGAGUAACUUGAAGAGAAUGUUUGAGAAGCCCCCAGGAGCAGCCAACACUGAAGUGAGAGCCGUACAGUCCAGCCCAUCCAGAAGAGCCCCAGCCAGUAGCUACCAGCUUGACCAGAAGAGGGACCCAUCACCUGGUGAGAAGAUGGCCUCAGCUCAUGACCCCAGCCUCUCUGCGGGUGGAACCAGGUCAGGACGUCCUGAGGAAAGGGAAGGGGUGGCGAGUCAGAGGAAAGGAGACGGAGGAGCGCCCACCAGCGAGGAGCCGGAGUCCGUGUCACUAAAGGAACGCAUGGCCAUGUAUCAGGCUGCCGUGUCCCAGAAGGAGGCCAGCAGCUCGUCCGCCACGGUUAUGGAGGAGUCGGAAGCCUGUUCUCUGCCAGGGGGUCUGGCCAGCGUGAAGAAACAGUUUGAGAGCCAGGAGUACGCCUCAUCCUCCCAGUCCCAGACCAGCGUUACCCAGGCCCAUGUAGAAAAGAGAUCCGUGCAGGUGUCCAGCUCACAGGAGGUGACAGUGAGGAGCAGUGUCAGGGAGGUCAGUCCCACCACUCAGCAAGUGGCCUACUUCCAUGGCCAGGAGGUGACUCAUGAUCAAAGAGUUCAACAAAGCAACAUGGCCUCCAGUUAUGAAAACCAUUAUGAUGAAACGGUUAGGGUCAUAGGAGGAGAGGACUUACCAAAGGUCUCCACUCAGGCUUUGAAGCAGCAGUAUGAGAAGACGAUCGAACAGGCCACGCCGGGCAAGCAAAUUAAGAUUGAUCUGGAUUACAACCAGUUUCAAUGGGCACCGGUAAACCAGUCCUCCUCAGCAGCAGCUAGCUAUGAAAGUUCCUCCACUGUUAAACAGUCAUCCAGAGCUUCAGCAGCAACGAGCUAUGAAACCUCAUCCACUAUGAGGACAGGGGCUGUCUCCUCAUCUACCGAUGCCUCAGCCUCAUCCACUAUGAGGACAGGGGCUGUCUCCUCAUCCACGGUUGGCUCAGCCUCAUCCACUAUGAGGACAGGGGCUGUCUCCUCAUCUACCGAUGCCUCAACCUCAUCCACCAUGAGAACAGGGGCUGUCUCUUCCUCUACCGCUGCCUCAGCCUCAUCCACUAUGAGGACAGGGGCUGUCUCCUCAUCUACCGAUGCCUCAACCUCAUCCACCAUGAGAACAGGGGCUGUCUCUUCCUCUACCGCUGCCUCAGCCUCAUCCAUGGAUUAUGAGACCAUGGAGCACUUCCCUCCUCCACCCGCUGAACUAAUGCCCCAGGAGGUCCUCGAGUGCUGUGACUCUCUCCCGCCUCAGGAGCAGCCUGGCCAACAGAGAUACAUAUUCAACAAGGAGCAGUACUCCAAGCAGAGGAACCUCAAUGAGCUGAAGCGCCUGUACAAGCACAUGCACCCAGAGGUUCGGAGGACCAUGGAGAAGGACUACUUCACCGACAUCACGGAGAUCGAGCAGUCACAGCUGGAUAGUGAAGAUGAGAUGACCGGGGAAGUCCAGCAGGCUUGCUAUGUGUUUGAGAACAGUGGUGGGGAUGAAUGUAUGAGCCCUGAGGGAGAUUACCUGGAGUGGGACGAGAUCCUUAAAGGGGAGGUGCAGUCCAUGCGCUGGAUGUUUGAGAAUAAGCCGCUGGAUACCAUUAAAGAUGACAGCCCAGAUGAGGAUGAUGAAGUGAAGAACAUUGCUGAGCAGGAAAUCAUUGCAGGAAGUGAUGUCAAAUACACAGCCUGGAUGUUUGAGACCCAGCCCAUGGAUGCGCUGCGUGCAGACACCCCAGACUCCACCGUACAGACAGGGAAAUUGACCGAGCUGGCAAGAGGAGACGUACGAACAGCCACAUAUCUUUUUGAGACCCAGCCACUGGAUUGUCUGAAUAAAAUCUACCAGGAGGAUGAGCAAGCCUUGGAGGUUGUCUUCACUAAAGAUAUUACAGGAGGGGACGUGAAAACAGCCAGGUAUCUGUUUGAAACUCAACACUUGGAUUCCCUCAGCCACACAGAGACCAUUGAGGAGAGCCACUUCUUGAACCUGAAGUCAGAGCUUGAGGAGAUCAAAGGGGAAGUGAAGACAACCACGCGGAUGUUUGAGACCCAGCCCAUGUGUGUCAUCAGGGGCAACUCUGGAAAUAUACUGGAGAUCACCGCCAUCCGCAGGGAGGAGAUGGAGAAAGGAGACGUGAAGACCUCCCGCUGGCUCUUUGAGACCCAGCCUCUGGACAUGAUCAACAAAGACCCUGCCAAGGUGAAGCUGAUCUGUGGGGUCUCCAUGGAGGACAACUCGCAGGGGGACGUGAACCGGGGGAGGUGGCUGUUCGAGACAAAGACACUGGACUCCAUUAAAGACGAGGAAUGGCAAAGCAUCAGGCAAAAGCAGGAGAUUAUUGGAGCAGAUGUGCGGAAGCACUGCCUGGUUUUCGAGACACAGCAGAUGGAUACUCUGAAAGACAACGCCAAUGCCAGACAUUUACUCUCAGAGGCGAUUGUAGGAGGUGAUGUGCGAUCAGCAAAACAUCUGUUUGAGACAGUGCCAAUGGAGAACCUGAAGGAUUUGGCUGAAGUAGGGAAACUUCAGAAGAUGGUUGCGUCCGAGGAGGAGAAGGGUGAUGUUAGACAUCAGAAGUGGGUUUUUGAAAGUCAACCACUUGAAAACAUAAGGGAGGAGAAGAAGGAAAUGACACGCUCUAUAAACCUUGAAGAAAUUGAUAAGGGCGACGUCACAAAUCACAAGGAAAGAUUUGAAACCUUGGAUUUAAGCAGAUGUGAGGGGGCACAUAGAAUUCAAGUUGAAGGUGUUACCAGUGGGUCUGUGAAAUCAAGCAAAGUUCUUUUUGAAUCCACCCCGAUGUAUGCCAUGCAAGACAGCGAGGGACACUACCACGAGGUGAAAACCGUGCGACGUGAGGAGAUAGUAAAAGGAGAUGUUCGCAGCUGCAGGUGGAUGUUUGAAACACGUCCUAUCGAUGGAUUUGAUGAAAGUAGCAGUAAAUUCCAGAUUAUAAAAGGUAUAUCAAAGGAGGAGAUUGAAUCGGGCGAUGUCAAGACAGCCAAGUGGUUAUUCGAAACUCAACCCCUCGAUGGUAUUAAACAUUUCAGCAACACUGAAGAAGAUGAAACUAAGACAAAGGAGAGUGUUGAAAUUGAGAAGGGUGAUGUGAAAACCUGCAGGUGGCUGUUCGAGACUCAACCAAUGGAUAAUCUGUAUGAGAAAGCAGAUAAGGUGAGGAAUGAGACUGAGGUUGAGGAGGUCAACAAAGGGGACGUCAAAACAUGCACAUGGCUCUUUGAGACUCAGAACCUCGAUAACAUCUGUGACCAUUCCGAGUCCGAAUCAGAGACCGUUCUCAAAACCUGCACUGUCAAACAAGAGGACGUCCAAGGCAAAGAUGUGCAUCACGCUCGCUUCCUCUUUGAGACAGAGAACCUGGAGAACCUCACAGGGGAGGAGAGUGGUGCCUUCAGGAGGGUGACUAAGAUUGAUGUCCAGUCUGGAGAUGUGUCUAGGAUGAAGUUUCUCUUUCAGAAUCGGUCUUCCGACAUCAUGACCUCAACCUCAUCUGAAACGAUGCAUAAGCUGAAGACCCUGACGGCGGAGGAAAUUCAGAAAGGAAAUGUGGUGAACAACACGUGGCUUUUUGAAAACCAACCUAUAGACACUAUCCGCGAGGAUACGGAGGAAGCCAAGGAUACUCGCACCGUAACCGAUGUGCAGGGAGGAAACGUUGGUCAAGGACGCUUCGUUUUUGAGACUUACUCUCUCGAUAAAAUCCAGGAGGAGUCCACCGAGACUGAAAUUUCAAAACUCCAGAGCAUCAUCAGGGACGAUAUAGAGAAAGGGGAUGUGAAAAGCUACACCAUGAUGUUUGAAAAUCAGCCACUGUAUGCAAUCUGUGACAAAGAGGGCCACUACCAUGAAGUAACCACUAUGACAAAGGAAGAAAUCAUGAGAGGAGACGUGGUGGGGGCCCGGUGGUUAUUUGAGACAAAACCUCUGGAUUCAAUAAGGGACACAGACGACGUCUAUGUCAUCAAAUCUGUCACUGAGGAGGACGUCCAGAAAGGUGAUGUCAGCACGGCCAGGUGGAGGUUCGAAACACAACCUCUUGAUGAAAUCGCUGAGGACAUGAAAGUGUUGACUAAAACAGUUGACGAUAUCCAGGGUGGUGAUGUGAAGACAAACAAACACCUUUUUGAGACAGAUGAACUGUCCCAGAAGUAUGUUAGAACUGUUAGCGUGAGUGAGAUCCAAAAAGGGGACGUCAGGACUGCCUCGUGGAUGUUUGAAACACACAGCAUCGAUAAGAUCCGUGGCGAGGGCUCAGAAUAUGAUGAAAUGGAGACCGUGACAAAAGAAGAAGUGAUGAAAGGAGAUGUCAAGCAGUCUGUGUGGCUCUUUGAAAAACAGCCGCUUGACAGCAUUAAAGAGUCAGACGGAACAGAGACUGUUGUCACCCGGGAGGAGAUCCCACAAGCAGAUGUAAAGACAACAACAUGGCUUUUUGAAACCACUCCUUUAACCAAAUUUAAUGAGAACAGUGUAGAAAGAACUGAAAUAAUGGGGAAGAGCAUCAAAGAGACCCUUGAAGAGCUGUAUUGUCAGAAAAUGGUUGACUCACAAGGGAUUCUCAUUGAGACGGAUGAGAUCGGAGAUGUCAGAAUGGCAAAAUACAGACUCAUGAACCAAGAUGCUCCAGAAAUCCAGAAGGAGGAGGUGAUCAGAGGGGAUCUGAACAACAUCAUGAUGAACCUCCUAAACAGACGAGAAAUGACAGAGAAAGGGAUAGUCAUAGACCAGGACGAGAGAGGCAACAUCAACACAACAGUAAAACAGCUAUUCAACCAAGAAAAGGGAUUCAAUGUUGAGAAGGAGGAAAUCCUCAGAGGCGACAUUCAAGAGGCCAUCAACAACCUACUGAAGGAGGAGGGCUCCUCAAAACGUGGAAUUCUGAUUCAAGAAGAUGAAAAGGGAGAUGUGCGAAUGACUAUAUACUCCCUCCUCAAUAAGGAAGACGGCGGUGGCAUUGAGAAGGAGGAUAUCAUCAAAGGCAAUGUCAGUAGGACCCUUCACAGUCUCUUGUCCAACCCAGGGUCAGAGGAAUCUAAAAGGAUAAGGGUGGAAGACACGGAGAGGGGUAACGUUAGCUUUUACUCCACCUGUAUUGAAUCUGGGGCACUGGAUUACCUCAAACAACUCCAGUUUGAACCUAAUGAGGAACAAGAACAGGCGCAGAAGGAACGUAUCAUUGGCGGCGACGUUAUGGAAACCAAAAUGACACUAAGGAAGAAUCAACAGCAGAUUGAACGCACAGUAGCUGACGACGAUAUUGUCCCUGGUGAUGUCAACAACACUGUGAAGGUGUUCAUGAUGGAACCUGCUCUCUUGCUGGACAACCUGCAGAAAGAGGAAAUUGUCAAGGGAGAUCUGAGGGCGGCCCUGGACUCACUGACCAAAACUAUUAGCAAGAGAGUCGUGAUAGAGAAAGAGGAAGUGGUGAAAGGGGACCUGCACACCACUCUGAGGUCUUUGGAGGAGGCUCAAAACCAAGCCAAGGAAAUGGAAAAGCCAGAAAUUGUCCGAGGUGAUAUCCGAGGAGCCCUCCAAUCAUUAGAGAAGUCUGCGACCACCAAGACUGAGGUAACUGUUGAGGAUUUAGUGCCCGGCGAUAUCAAAGGCACCUUGAAAUCACUAGAAGAGGCUAAGCAGGCAGUGAAAGAGAUGGAAAAGGAGGAGAUUGUAAAGGGAGACAUUCAUAUUGCGCUGAAGGGUUUGCAUGAGGCCUCGAGUGAGAAAAAGCUUUACCAGCACCAAGUGAGUGAACAGGGGGACGUGAGAGGCACAAUACAGCUGUUACUAGAACCAUCCACAUCCCCACGAAUGCAACGCAGGGGAAGCACUGAGGGAGAUGUGAAGACCUCCAUAAAAUGCCUCUACGAAGGGCAGGGGCAGGACCAGGAUGAGGAGCAAUCACAGAUGGAGAAGGAGGAGGUGAUAAAGGGAGAUGUUAAAGGAGCGAUAAAGAAUCUGAUGCAGAGAAAAGAAUAUUCCAAUCGGAAAGUACGAAAGUAUCCUCCCAGGAAAGCUCCCAGAGCUCAUGUGAAAAAUCCAUUACCCACACAGCAAGUGAUGGACCAUGAAUACUCAGAUGUGGCUAAGAAUGAGAACGUCACAGUCAAUCUAGCCCCUGCUGUGAAAAACCUGUCUCAGAGUCAGAGCAGUAAAUCACAGGACACCACACAAAAGCACACUGGGACGUACACCGAGAACAAAUCAGUGAAGAGCAGCAGGACCCUCACCCAAGAGGAACACUCUAUGACAACACAGGUACAAACAGUCAAUAUUUUGGAGGCCUCACAGCAGGAACAUGUAAAAGAACAGACUGAAGUUAAAGAACAGACACGUGUUGAACAGAGUGUGAAACUGAAAAUGCAACCCCCUCCUAAGAACAUGAUCAUAAAGAAGAAAAACCAGACCAAUCAAACGACUGAUAAUACAUCAAUGAAUCAGAUGACAGAGAUUAAAGCAGCCAAUCAGAUGACUGUGAAUCAAUCAUCCAAUCAGAUGACUGUGAAAAAAGCAGCCAAUCAGAUGACUGAGAAUAAAGCAGCCAAUCAGAAGAUUGUGAAUAAAUCAGCCAAUCACAUGACUGAGAAUAAAGCAGUCAAUCAGAUGAUUGUGAAUAAAUCAGCCAAUCACAUGACUGAAAAUAAAGCAUCCAAUCAGAUGAGUGUGAAUAAAUCAGCCAAUCAUAUGACUGAGAAUAAAGCAGCCAAUCAGGUGACUGUGAAUACAUCAGCCAAUCAUAUGACUGAGAAUAAAGCAGUCUCAGACAUAAGUGUGAUGAAAGAAACACAGAGAGAAACACAAGUCUCAGACAUGAACGUGACCACACAGGUCAAAACAGUCAAUAUGUCUGAGUCCUCACAGCAGACACAUGUUAAAGAACAGGCUGUGAAACAGAAAAUACCACCACCCCCUAAACCCAUCUUCAUAAACAAGAAAAACAUGACCAAUCAGAUGACUGAUAAUACAUCAACGAAUCAGAUGAAGGAGAUUAAAGCAGCCAAUCAGAUAACUGAGAAUGAAGCAGCCUCAGACAUAAAUGUGAUGAAAGAAAGACAAAGCACAUCUCAAACUAAUAUUGUUUCAAAGCAAACACAGGAAACAAAAACAAUGAAACAGUUGCAAACAACAGUGACAGAACAUAAGACUGUCACACAAAAACACAACGUCAAAAAUCUGAAUACAAAUUUCCGGAACCUGGACGUGAAGGGAAAAGGUAUGAUAAAGAAAGGGACGCCUGAGAUUCAUUUCCCACCUCCUCCCACGUCCCCGCCUCCACCAUCUGAGUCUGAGAUGUCUCUUCCUCCCCCGCCCUCACCAGUGGCAGGCUGCCCAAUGUCCCUGUCAUGCCAUAGCCCAAUGUUUCCCACAUCCCGUCCCCUGAUUAUGAGACAGGACAGUGACCUUCCGCCUCCACCUCCUCCACCCCCAGCAGAAUGCGGGGAGCCUGACUUUUUCUCUUCUCCCCCACCCCCACCAUCCGUGGCAGGGCAAGACUUUCUUCCUCCACCGCCCUCACAGCAAGAGUUAAACUCAAUACCACACCAAGUGCCUACACCACCACCUGGAAAGCCAUUUAAAGCUAGGCCUUUAUUCAAAAUCCCAAAACCUGAGCCACCCAAGCAACCAAUACUGGUCAAACCAAAAUGGCAGAAAAAGCCAGCAGCACCACCACCAAAUCAUCCACCUCCUCAACCAAUGACGGUUCAAACAGAACAUAAAGAGGAAGGAGUAGUCCAGGAAGUCACAAGUGAAAUCAGUUGUAAACAGGAAGAAAAUACAAAUACUACCAACACACAGGCUCAAUCUGAUUCGACAGUGUCCAUGACUAAAAUCCCUUCACCAAUCCCAGUGGCAAAACCACCACAGGAAGUGUUGCCACGACCACCUAAAAAGGUAUUCAUCCCUCCAAUCAAAAUACCCCCACCUGCAGAACUUGCACCAGUGGCAAAACCUAAACCAUAUGCCCGUAAAUUCAAAACCCCACUGAUGCUGGCAGAGGAAAGGUAUCGUGUGCAAAGAGAGGAGGCUGAGAGAAACAAGUCACAAGACACAACUCCCGCCACUUCACGAGUCACAUCUCCCACCUCUCCUCCAACUAACAUGAUGCAGAUGAUGGGCUCAACCAAUGUUGCAAAUGAACAACACUCACUUGCACACAAAACAGAGCAGUCAAAAGUGACCUCAGAGGUAACACAUGAACAGGCUGAGGAAACUCAGUCUAAAAGUAAAGUACGCACAGCAUCACAAGAGCCGCCCAUGAAGAAAGCUCUAUCACAUAUCCCCCUGAGCAAACCGUUGAUCUCCAUGGUAAAUAAGAAACCAACCUCUGAAUCUGGAAAUAUUUCCUCAGAUAAGAAACACAUUACCACUGAUCAGUCCUCGAUGGCCUCUUCUGGGAAAGAACUCGCCUCAUCUGUUGCCACCAGAAAACAUCAGUCUGUUUCCUUGGGCAAGCAUCAGUCUAUUUCAGUCCCUGCUGCUCACCCUCACCAUGAGUCCAACAUUAAAGUCCAAUCUGGCUCUAAUGUGAUUUCGUCCUCAGUAGCUGAGCAGCAGAGUGGUAUGAAUGCUAGCUCACGGUCUAUCAUCUCCACUCAGAGCAUUGUCCAGGAAAAUGCACAUCUUCAAACCCAAUACGCCGUCACAUCCGAAGCAGAGGAUGCAAAGAAUACUAACGCCUUACUCACACAGGAAGUAAAAAAGAUUCCAUCUCAGCCCACCAAAAUCAAAAUUCCAAAAGUGACACCAAAUUUCAAGGUGAGAACAGUGAAGUUGCCGACAGAGAAGAAGGAGGAGAAAAGCGAGGUGGUGGAAAAAGAUCAACGAGCAGUGAAAAAUGAAUUACAUGUACAUCAAACGGGUAUGGAGACUAUUUCUAAGAGUGAGACCAGAGUAGAUCAGGAGAGCACCCAGAUGGCCACCAGUAGCUCAGCAAAAAAUGACGUAAAGGUGGAGAUGAAUGUGACACAGGAGAAAGCUGAGGAGGUUGAGAAAACUGCAGUUGCCAAGGAAACAAAGCUGGAAAGUCAAAUGAAGACAAAGGCAAAGCAGAAAGGCAUUAAAGUCCCUUUGCCCAAAGAGCCAAAACUAGUUCCCAUGCCAGUAGCUCAAGCUCCAGGGCACUGCCACAUAUCUGUCUCCCAUAGUCAACAAAGCAUGCAGGAACAGCACAUUCAGAAGCACGAGCAAGUCAUUGUUAAUGCGAGAGUAGUUCAACAGAGCUCCCAGAAGCAGGAACAGCAGGUUCGCACACAGAAGCAACAGGUCAAGUCUUUCCAACAACAAGGAGAAGUAAGCAAAAUGCAGCAGCAUCAGGAGAGGUCGAAGGCAGAGUCAACGGAUGUCUCCGUGAACAUUGCAGGGAAGGCAGCAGCACAGACAGAAGCAGCUCAAUCAAUGGCGGAAAGCUCAGCUCAAUCAGUGGAGGAGAGCACAGAUUCAGAGAAAUGUGUAAUGGUACAGAAGCUGCUAUUUAACAUUAAGCAGCUUCAUCCAGGGAAAAUGGAUUUAAACUCAGUGAGGACAAUACUUAGUGAGGUCCCUGUCUGGUUGAUGAGGGCGGAGGAAACGCGUGAUUUAAAACAGGUUGCUGUUCAGCAGAAUAAGAAGAAGCUCACAGAGAUCAUUUUCCGUGUGAGAAACUUAGCACAAGCAAAACUUGUAUUCUUAGAAGGACACAUGGCAGCCAUGGCAAAACAGGAAAGUGAACCGGCACCUGCAUCAUCACUUGCACAACCACCUGCACCACAACCUGCACCACCACCUGCAUCAUCACCUGCACCAUCACCUGCACCAGCACUGGAAAAGAAAGGAUUUGGAGGAGCAACAGCCAAAAUAUCUAAAAUAAGCAUGGGCUCAUCAAGAGUUGAAACCCAUAAGAAAGUGGUUGAGGAGAGGAAGAUCUCUCAUGAGAGCAAAAAGCCAGAGCUGACUGGUAAAGGUCCUGAUCCCAGAGUUCCCUCUCCCAUGCUUGCAAUGCGAACACCUUCACCUACCUUCAUAAGCAUUGAAUCAGUGAGGAGAACAAACUCACCCCUCACAGUGACACCCUCACCUCCUCUGUCAUACAGGUCUGGUGCCACACCAACCCCACCACCUCCCCCUCCCCGCACCCCUACCUCUCGGUUCUGUAGGGCCACACCCUCUCCCACCUUUAGCCGCUCAGAAAAGCUAGCCAAGUUGAAAGACACCACUGCGAAGCUCUCUAGGGGCAUGACACCUCCCCCACCCAUGCCCGAGUUUCUGACCACAGAGCAAGCCUCUGACAGAGAGGAUUCCCCAGCGCUGAUUGAACCUGAGAUCCACAUGCAGACACAGGAGAUGGAGACUGGGACGACGACUCCGGAUGUGGCUGAUAUGGUUGACUCCAUGAUGACUGUCAGAGACAAGAAGUUCUUCUUUGAGGAAGCUCAGAAGGCAGAGGUGAGCAGGACAUACAUGCGGAAGGACCCCAUUGAAAUCCCGGAGCGCCUGGGUCCAGAGGAUCUAGAGGAAGUUCCUGAGGGUGUGAAUAUAGACAUAAUGAAAGAGGAUCUCCCUAGGCUUGACCUGUCAAAGCUGGUCAAUCAAUUUGAAUCCCCACAACCAAAGCUGUACAUCAGAAAAGAUCCCAUCAUCAUCACGGAUAGACUGGGAAGUGACACUGAAGAUUCAGAGGCAGACCCCAAAACGCCAAAAACCGGUGAAACACCUGCCUUCAACAUCAAGGCCAUCAAGAAUGCCUUUGACUUGGGUGAUCGUAAUGCUCUCAAAGAAGUGAGAGAGAAACAAGAGGAGAGAGAGAGGAGAGAAUCAGAAUCUGCCGAACCGACGGGGCACUCCAAAACAAAGUCCGUCACUGAGGAGUUCUCUGGCAUGGAUGAAUUUGGCACCGUAACAAGAGGGGUGAGGAGCGAGACCAGCAUGCACUCUGAGAGCCACAUGACCCGCCCCCUCCCUCCCUCCUAUGCCGACGUGGUGAAAGGGACGGUUGAAGAGAUGGCAGUUCCUGUGGAGGCCGCCACCGAGGACCUACUGAAGAGCUUCCACCAGUCCUGGGCCGAAAGCGAGAGUGUGUUCCAGAAUCUGGGAUUCAGUGUCUCAGAACAGAGGACAUCACAGAUCGUAACACACCAGCAGGAGACUGUCGUGACGGAAAAUUCGAGUUCCAGAGUCCGAACUGUGUACGGUGUGUCGGAAGAGGGUGUAUCCGAUGGAGUGUCUGAUCGCAGACAAACACAAUUUCCAUAAAAGCUGCUUCCGCUGUGAGCACUGCAGUGGCAAACUAAGCCUUGGCAACUACGCCUCUCUCCAUGGACGAAUGUACUGCAAGCCCCACUUCAACCAACUGUUCAAGUCCAAAGGAAAUUAUGACGAA